AUGAGCUCUCGACGAACUUUGUCGCCUCCACCACCCACCACACUACCUUUCACUGACGACACGUUGACUAGUCACGUCGUUCCCACGCUCGUGUACACGCCGUACCACGUUGGCGUGAGCGCCACGCCGGCUGAUCCGACUCGGAGCCCAGCUUCAGCGUCGAUUCCGGCCACUCUAGGCCCAGCAGCCGCCCGGACCGGCUCGAUCCCCUCGCAGUCAGCGUCGCUCAGCUCGUCCUCGGCCCUCGCAAGUACUGCCACCACCGCUACGACUAGCGCCGACCAAUACGUCUGGUCACCCUUCGACCCGGGCCAGUCUUGGGACGGUGGUGCCCCUCUACGAGUCCUCCCGCCUCUCCCGCCCGGUGCGGCCGUAUCGCCGCCGCCGCCUCCCCGCUCGCAGUCGCAUUCGACAGCACAAGGCCAUCUCGUCAUGUCCUCUGUCGCUUCCAAUUCUCCCAACAACGCCACCACGUCACGUGCCGGCUCGGGCUCGGUUUCCGGCUCCGGGUCGGGCUCAGGUUCCGGCUCCGGGUCGGGCUCAGGUUCCGGCAGAGAUACCGGUGCGACUAGCGCCGUCAGCUCCAGGGGCAAGGACGAGCGUUUCGACAAGUCGCGCAGCACCAGCCUCAACAACACCCUCGACCCUUCGACCAUGAUCGUCACCGUCGCUCGUGCCGAAGAUGAGAGCUCACCCGACGAUGAUCACAUUGCGUUCGAGGCCCACUCGGGGAGUCGGAUUGCUUCGAACGUCACCAUGUCCGCCUCGGGCACCGUCAAGGGCGCUCGAGUCGGCGUUAAGCGCAGGCGAGGCGAGAUCGACCCGGGUGCGAUCGAGGGGCAGUAUUACGGCGACAAGACUUGCAAUCGGUGCAGGGAGCGUCGCGUACGGUGCGACCGAGCGUUCCCCAUCUGCGGUCGGUGUCUCAAGCGUCGCGAGGGCUGCAGCUACCCGGACCAGACCUCGGCUCGAAAAAGGGAUGACCCGGAAGAGUCGGACCGAGUGGCAGCGCUCGAAGCUGCGGUGGCCACUGUGGAGCAACAACUGGAAGCACAGCGAUAUGA